AACCGGAAACACCCUCUGCUUUUGGCGGGGUGUCAGCCAUCUUGGAAUCACAUCACCGUGUGGAGCGAGACUUUACUGUUUCACGCUGCUGCAGCUCAUUGAUUGCUUUUCUUUGGUCCAUCUGGAAAAACCGUUGCUCUGAUUCCAACUGAAACCAGCAGACAACGCUCGAUUUUCUGUCUUUUAACUUCGUAGUAAAGCAAACUCAGGAUUGAUCGCCAUGGCGACUGUUCGCGUUACUCCAAGCCGAGAAACUGGUCGGCCAGCGGCCUCUACGCCUCUGUCCCCCACCAGGAUAUCCCGCCUACAGGAGAAACAAGACCUGCAGCAUCUCAACGACCGUUUGGCCGUUUACAUCGACCGUGUCCGGUCGCUGGAGCUGGAGAACGACCGCUUGAUGGUCAAAGUGUCUGAGAAGGAGGAGGUUACAACCAGAGAGGUAACAGGCUUGAAGGCUCUGUAUGAGGCAGAGCUGGCUGAUGCUCGGCGGGUUCUGGAUGAAACGGCUAAAGACAGAGCCAGGCUUCAGAUCGACCUGGGGAAGGUCCAGGCUGACCUGGAUGAAGCCACCCGGAGUUCCAAAAAGAAGGACAGCGAUCUGGCUGCGGCACUGUCCAGGGCCAACGGGCUGGAAGGGCAGCUGAAUAAGAGCGAAGCAACUCUUGCCACAGCUUUGAGUCAGAACGCUGCACUCAUUUCAGAACUUGCUGAUGUAAAGAACCAGCUGGUGAAGGCUGAAGAUAGCCAUGCUGUGGCCAAGCGGCAGCUGGAGGCAGAGACCCUGAUGCGUGUGGACCUGGAGAAUCGCUGUCAGUCACUCAGUGAGGAGCUAGAGUUCAGAAAAAACAUGUUUGACGAGGAGAUGCGUGAGAGCCGCCACCGGCAGGAGCAGAGGAUCGUGGAGGUGGACUCUGGAGUCAGGCAGGACUAUGAGUUUAAACUGGCGCAGGCUCUGCAGGACCUGAGGAAGCAGCAUGACGAGCAGAUUUCUCUCUAUAAGGAGGAACUGGAGCAAACCUUUAAGGCAAAGCUGGAAAACGCCAAGAUGUCGUCAGAGAUCAACGACAAGGCCAUGGGCGCAGCCCGCGAGGAGCUGCAGGAAUCUCGAACCCGAAUGGAGAGCCUGGGCUACCAGCUGGCCGCACUGCAGAAACAGGUGUCGGCCUCAGAGGACCGCAUCAGAGAGCUGGAGGACAUCCUGUCUGCCGAGCGCGACAAGCACCGGCGUGCUGUUGAGGCCAAGGAGCAGGAGAUGACCGAGCUGAGAGAGAGGAUGAACGCUCAGCUCAGCGAAUACCAGGAGCUGCUGGACGUCAAGCUGGCUCUGGACAUGGAGAUCAACGCAUACAGGAAGCUGCUGGAGGGAGAAGAGCACAGACUGAAACUGUCCCCAACCCCGUCGGCCCAAGUUACAGUUUCCAGGAUAUCGGGUUCGUCCUCUUCCCGUUCCUCCAAGAGGAAGCGAGGCGAGGUGGAGGCAGCCGACCUGUCGGAGCUGGCCAAGGGGGACGAGCAGCUGCUGGUGUCUGAGGAGGCCACGGCCAGCGGUGCUGUCACCAUAUCACCCACCGACAUGGAUGGAAACGCUGUCACACUCAACAACCAGAGUGAACAGGACCAGCCUCUGGGCAACUGGAGGCUGAAGAGGCAGGUUGAGGAUGGAGAGGAGGUCAUCUACAAAUUUUCCCCAAAGUUUGUUCUGAAGGCUGGCCAGUCCGUUACGGUGUGGUCUGCUGAUGCUGGUGUGACUCACAGCCCACCCACUGACCUGCUGUGGAAGAGCCAAGCUUCCUGGGGAACAGGAAGUGUCAUCAUCACCUCUCUGACUAACGUGGAUGGCGAGGAGGUCGCCCGCCGCAGCGUCACCAAGACUCAGGUGGAGGUUGAGAACGGAGAUGGGACUGAAGAGGAAAUGGCUCAGAAGGUCAAAGUGUCAUCUAGAGAGUGUGCCAUCAUGUGAAGUCCUCUGGUGAUAUUAAAGCCUGGGAGCUUCUUAUCGCUUUACUCACUUUUUUUAUAUGUAUUUUUUAAAUUGAAAGACACUCGGAUGUUGUUCAUCAUCUGAUGAUGUUUUUUGUUGGUCCAAGAAAUCCUCCGUAUAGAAAUGAGGUUUCUCUUCCCCAAAAUAUAACCAGUAAAACCAGUGGAUCUAGAAGCAGUGUUCCAGUGCACAUCCCCUCAUUAAUUUCAGAUUUAGUCCUAAAUGAGUGAACCUAUUAUUUUUUAAUGAUUCUUUUUUGAUCCUCUACAACUGACAGGAGGUUGAAACCUAAAAGACGAGCUGAGCUCAGCUCAGAGUUUUUCCUUUGAAAACAACACUUCCUUUCAUCUCUUAAACACAAACACUGUUUAGAUUCACAUAAGGUAGAAGGAGGACAGAUGGAAUAAUGCAUAAUGCUGUUUUCAGGGAUUUGUCAGCUUAACAUUCCCCUGCCAUCAGUCCUCAAUACUCUUUUAUCUUUAUUCUGUUACUUUUUCUGUCAUUUAUUCCAAAUAUAAAUCGGUUCAUUAGAUGAUCAACAAAUUCAACAUUUCUGUAUGGAAAUGCUUUUUAAGGUUUAGAAUCUUGAUAUUAAAGCAUAUACCAAUUCUAACUGGUGAUAAAUAUAGAUUUCUGCAUAAGGACAAACAGCCGGCGUAGAUUUGGUGUCAUUUAAACUCCAUGUUAGUUUGGCCAGAAUGUAUUUGCUGCCAUUGACUGGUUUGUAGUGAGAGAAAUGGAUCCAGUGUGUGUUUAUUUGGCUAUUUUGAGCAUGUGAAACACUAGGAGGAGUGUUUGCCAGUUGUCAGUACAGGAACACGCAAAUUAUUUUUUUUAAUUUUUUUUAAAUAAUUUUAAAAAAUUAUUUUUCUAAAGUCAGCUUUUUUCACCCAGUUCUUAAGAGCACAUGGGAUGAAAGCAAGAACAGAUUUUAAAACUCAUAUUUUCAGAAUAAAGUUACUCACAGCCAUACAUGAGUAACUUUAUUACUCAUGUAUUACUCAUGUAAUAAAGUUACUCAUGUAACUUCGCCAGGCGGUCCCCCUUCAGCCGCCUGGUAAAGGGGGACUAUAUAUUGGGUCUCAGUUUUUAUCUCCAUAGCAAUCAGACAGUAAAAUUCUGACCUGUUGCCUCCUCUACCUCACAUCAGCUCUUCCCUUCAUCUCCAGUUUAGCAGCUUGUGUACCUUCAGGCUAGCUUAAGUUACUAACUAUGAUCAUAUGUAAGCUUUCUGUAGCUCAGUGUGCUGUUGAACUGGGAGAAAUGGGACUGUGCAUUUCCACUGUGCAUUCUCUGAUCUUUGGGCUCACAGUAACAGGCAGCCAUGUUGGCCCCAUGACACUAAGAGCAUUUAGGAAUGUCUUUGUCUUCAAACCCUUGGUUUUAGGUGUUUUUGGACAAUGUCCAGAAAUAUCUGCUGACACUAGGUUUGUCUUAAGGAAGACAAAGCUAGCAUCGGCUCUCUUAUUCUAAGCUACAAAACAUCACAAUGUCUGGAGGCUAUCUAGUAGAGAAGGCCACAUGUCAGUACUAUGGUGAGUUAUUGCCUGUUUGUUUCCUGCCACUGACCAGGCAUAACUAACAUGUCUUCCUGGUGUCCUCUCCACCAUACGCUACAUCAGAAGUUGAUUGGCUUUCAGAAUAAAUCACUUACCAUAUUAAAAGGUCUUAGCAUCAGUGAUGAGCUGUGUUUGAAACAGUUUAAGGGACUGCCAUUUCUCUUUGAGAAGAGAAUCAUGUUGGUCUAUGUUUUCUCUCCCAGCUGCUUGGUGUUAAAUACAAAAGCAGCAACUUGCUUUAAAGCCGGUCAUCUUCAGUCCAGUCCAUCGUCGAUCCCUGGAUAGGAAGCUCCUAUGAUGCAGUGAUUAAAGUGAUAAUCACCCAUACUAGUUACUGUAGUACAUGAGAAAUAUAUGAUUUGGUUUGAGGUAUUUUAGUAACUGACUUUUUCAUGUGUUGGAAUGCUGUGCUUUAUAAUGUUAGCUUGGUUUUUAUUUUAUUUUAAGUUUGUGAUUUUGUAAUAAUUGUGUUGAUAUUUACUAUGAUAAUUGAAUUGGGAGUUUUGUGAUGAACUGUUUGUAGGUUGUUGAACCAGCACUGUUAAGCAGAACCUGAACAUGUAGCCACAGAGAUAUGAAAACUAGCCUGAUCUGAGAACAGCAGCUUAUCAGCAGAGCGCCACCACCUGGCUGUUGCACAUGCUACAGUCUCUGGUAGAUGAGUUCAAGCUGACUGUUUCACAAUAGAUAAUUAGAUUUUAUGGAGAAAGUUUCAAGUGUCACAUUUUAAGAGGCACAUUUGCCUUUCACGUGAGAUAUGACAUAACUAAACACCAAUUCUUUUAUCCAUAAUGACCUGGUAACCUGCUUUUUUACAUACAAUAAAGAUUUUACAUUUAA